AUGCCCGAGGACGGCUCCGGCUGCUCCGUGCGCCGCCUGCCCUGGCUGUGCGGCAUAAAGACUCUUUCUAGCCUGUGUUGUCUUAUGGUGAUCGGCUCCAGCUUCGUCUGCUCCCUGGUCCUCCUAGUGAGCCAGCAGCAGCGGCCGCAGCAGCUCGAGCCACCUGGGUGGGACAUAGCUGAGCUCCAGCUGAACCACACAGGACCUCGGCAGGACCCCAGGCUGUACUGGCAGGGGGGCCCAGCCUUCGGCCGCACCUUCUUGCACGGACCAGAGCUGGACGACGGGCAGCUGCGUGUCCACCGCAAGGGCAUCUACAGGCUGCACAUCCAGGUGACACUGGCCAACUGUCCCUCCAGACAGACCACCAUGCCCCGCAAUGCCACCCUAAGCGUGGGUAUCUGCGCCUCCGCCACCUACAGCCUGAUGCGCCUCCCCUUCAACCAAGAUUGCACCGUUUCCUCCCAGCGCCUGACGCCUCUGGCCCAAGGGGACACCCUCUGCACCAACCUCACUCUGCCGCUGCUGCCCUCGCAAAAUGCUGACGAGACCUUCUUUGGCAUUCAGUGGGUGCACCCCGGAGCAUAG